GGGGUUGUGGCUGCGCCUCGGCGAGUGCCCCGCGCAGCCUGGAGCUUCUCAGCCAGGCGGUGGUGGUGGUGGCCGGGACAAGCCCCGCCGACCCUCGCCGAGAUCGGGCCUUGCAGGCCGGCAAGGAAGGGGAAGUAGGGAAUGAAGUUAGCAAGGGAUGGCUGCGCUCAUGCGUCGUCCAGCGCCGCCUCGCGGGACCAAACGAGAUGGGCGCCCCACGCAGGACUCGGCUUGAACUCCGUGGGGAGACCCGUUUCCGAAGGAAAGGGCGGCUGGAAUAAACGGGCUGAUCUCCUGAGCUGAAGACUAAAGACUAAAGAGAUGUAGGAGUUACGUCAGCAGUAGGGACCACCCAGUAGGAUGUUAUUUUAAACUAUGAUGACAUUUUUCAUGGGACAACUGCAUUUCUACAAACUUGUGUACGUCAGUGCUCUGAUCUCUGCUCUGUGCAGUUUACUUGAAACCUCGGUUCAACUCAAGUUGAAAAUGGAGCCACGGGAUUUUGAGUACAUAUUAACAUGGGAAGCUGGAAAUAAUACAGGGACUCCCACACACUACAAUGUGAUGUACAGAGCAAUAAGUUAUCCAAUACUGAAUAUGAAGAUUGUCACAGAGUGUUCCAAUAUCACACGUUCAUUCUGUAACUUGACAAAAGAGUUUACAGAUCCCCGCGAGUCAUACAAAAUUGUAGUGGAUCAGGUCACAGAAAGCGGAGUGCAUUCUUCAGCUAUUCAGUUCAGUCCAUAUCCUGACACAUGCCUAACAUCACCCCAGUUUGAGAUUUCUGCUUGUCCACGCUGCGCAAAUGUGACAGUGAAACUUUCCUCCUCGUUACUUCAAGUAUACCAAGAGCUUGAUUAUACGGUCACAGUGAUAAGAGACAAUGUCAAAGAAAAGCGUGUUGUCAAUACAACCAGACAAGAGAGUUUCCACACUGUCAUUGGAGAUUUGAGUUUCAAUAAAAAUUAUUGUAUUGCUGUUGAUGUGAAAACAAGUCUAAAUCAUCAGUGCACUCCGUCUGUCCCCAAAUGCAUUAUGCUCAGCUCCAGUAAUAUAUCAGGUCAUAUUAUAUUUCCAGCAUUGUUUGGCAUAUUAAUGCCAUUGGUAGUAGUACUCGCUCUAUUUGUCCUGUAUAAAACCGGUGUUAUUUGCUUACGAUGGAGGAAAUGGCCAAGCGUCUUGAGCAUCACACCAAAAUUAGACUAUUCCCUUUUUAAAACAGAACCGGAAGAAGUGCACACUGUCCAGGUCACCCAAGGAAGUAAAAAAAAAGUAUGUGGAUACAAUUUCGAUGAAGAGGACAGUGAAAGCAUUGCUGGAAAUGAUGAUUUAUAUGCUGCACGUGUAUUUUUGGGCCAGACUUCAAAGGACAAUGCAGAGCCACCCUCCUUUGACUGCUCAUCCGCUACAAGUAAAAUAGCUGACCCCCAGGAUGAUGAAACAGAAAACCUUCUGCUCAUAGGCUGCUCAUCUGCUACAAGUGAAAUGCCUGAACCUGUAGAUGCUGAAGCAGACAACCUUCAGAAUGAUAUUAGCAAAGAAGAAUGCCCAACAUUUCAACUAUUUCACCCUUCUCCUGAAGUGGACUCCACUAAUGAGCCAGACCUGGAGUGCAGCAGCUGUUCCAACAUAAACUUAGAUACUGUGGUGCUAGGAAUAUCUGGGGAAAAUAGGGACAUUUCUGCAACAUUAAGCCCUUUCGAAGAGGAUGCAGCGGACUCGAAAGAGUUGUGUGUUUCUGAUGCAUUCAAACCGAAACAUUUCCCUGAUGCGCUAGAAAUGCAGAACUCUGACAUUCAUAACCUCUCAUGUUCCUGGCAAAAUUCUAAUGGGUCUGGAGAAAGUGAGUCAUCGGAUUCAGAAACGGACUGUGUUGGUGAAUACAUGAGCAGAUGAAUCAAAGAUGAAUCAAAGAAUAGCAACUUUCUGUACAAUAUAUAUUCCUAUGUCAAGGGACUGGGUGGGAUCUUCUGUCUAAUGCUAUCAGUAUUGUAGAAUUGUACAGUAUUAUACAAGUAGAUAUGAAAAUGCAGCACUGUUGUGAAUUUCCACAGCAUUAAUAUUUUCUGAUCACUUUUGGGGGGGGGGGCAAGCCACUUACUAGUCUGCUUCCAGUAUAACUGAGUACCCACAAUCUGUCACAGACUUGUUGGAUGCAGAGGAAUGGUGGGAGGAACCAGCUGGGGAACCACCAAGGGAAGAAGGCUCAGAGCCCAGGGAGAGGUGGUGGGAGGACAAGGAGCGGUCAGAAGGAGAAGAGAGAGAAGGUGUGUCACAAGAUAACAGGGCUUAGUGAGCCUGCAGAGUCUGUGGCAGAGAGAAGUCCAGAAUCAGAGGCAGAAGCUGAAGCAGGAGGGUGAUAGGAGACAGGCCAAGAGACAGAGAUGAGUCAGGCUGAUGAAGACUCCCUGGUGUUUUCUUCUUCUGCAACAAGCUCCCCUCCCCCUUGUCUCCUAAAACCAGAAGGGGCAUGAAAAGUGCAGAUUGGAGAAGAGAGAUUGGUGAUGCGCAGACGUAGCCUCCGUUUGCUUGGGGGGGGGGGAAUCCUGGAGAGGAGAGAACUUAGGUAGCUGUGGGUAGGUGGGGAUCUUCAGUCUCAGCAACUGCUUUAUGAGAGCAAACCUGCCAGACAUGAGUUGCUGCACUCAUUAGACCUGGCACUCCUGUACAGAUUGUGUUUUUUCUAAUAAAGAGUUAACUCCA